AUGAAGACGGUUUUCCUGUUAGACUUUGGGAUCUUUCAGGGGCCGACCUUUGCGGUUUGUGACUGGGAGUUCGUCACUUACGAGACACUGGAGGCCCAGGCCCGUCCCUUCGUCGCGGUCCCAUGGGUUGUUUAUUUUGGGGACCGGACGACCCCCAUGCAGUUGGGUGAUGUCGUUCAAGCUUUUCCGGGCGGCGUCUUUACCUUCCGACGGUGCAAUGAUGGCCCGCCUCCUCCAGUGGACUUCGCUGAGCGGUGCCGUAAUGGAGAUAGCCGUUGCGGUGCGGGAGCUGGCUGCAUAUAUCAGGAUUGCCCGUCGCAGGAUUGGUUUGUGAUGUGUAGCCAUGUCUCGCGCAGGGUACCCUUUGUCGGUUUGGACACUGCGGCCUUCCAUGCUAAGGCUGCUGCUGCUAUCCCGUCCGAUCCGCGUGAGCUGAUCUUUGGCUCGCCUUACGACGAUAGCCCCCUUUGGCGCCUUGUGGUCGAUGGUGUCUUGAUGAGGGGUGUUGUCGCCGCAGCGCACCGUCCGACGUUCGUGUCUACCGACUCUGUGAACGGUGUGUUUGUUUUCCUGGACCUACGGCCUAUUGGAUUGCGUCCCACCUUCAUGUUCCUCCUUCCAGGGCGGCAGGAAAUCGAGGACUUGAUAGGUGCCCUUGGACUUCGUGUUCCGGCAGGUCAUGCUGUGGAGCUUAAAGGUGUCCUUGUCCGAGGUCUUUCCUUCUUCGUAGAAGAUAGAUGCACUGUCAUAGUCGGUUUCUCCCGUCUCGCUGGGACUUCGGGCCCUGAGGCCCUCGUCUGCCGGUUGCCGGCAGUGCCUGUUGCCGUGCGCCCCGAUGCAACGGGAGAUGAUGAGCUUGAGGAGGCGACGGUGCCCGCCUUGCCUGCAUUGCCUGGGGAGCGCAACAUGGGCACUCGCGCCACUGCGUUUGUUAGAAAUAGGCCCGAGGACCCUCCGCCGCCAGAGUUCAUACAUGGUUGCUUUCUGGUGUGUAUCCCGCGCUACAUACCGGAGGUGCUCCAACUUGCUCUUCGUGCACCCUGCUCGGUUGAAGAUGCUUUGCAUGAGGUCACGGAGGCCAUGGAUUGUGACUCGGCUUUGCUUUUCGAGACGGUUGUGCCUGCAGAUCCUCAGCCUGACCCAUCUUUCGCUGUCAUUCUGGCUUUUCCCGAAUGGGUGUCCGCUCUGCAUUGCAUCAUUGUUGAUGCUCGCCCAGUUGACAAUCGGCUGUUUGCGUGGACGGUUCCUGCUUUUCUCAGUCGUGCCUCCUUGUUGCUCCAGCUUGGGGUGGGUGACGCCCCCGGGCUGCGUGUCUACAUUGCUGGCAGACUGAUGUCGCGACAGGGACUUCACAGGUUUUGGACGGGCGUCACUGUGUCGGUUCGGCCGCAGGGACAUGGUUUGGGACUUCUUCUCCCUCUUGAAGAAAUGCUGGCUAGCACCCGGCGCUGGGCUUUACCAUGUCCGACAUAUGGAGGGCCUUGUGCGGCUGCUUUCCUCACUUUGUCGGAUGCUGGCUUCCGUGCCCUUCCAGUUGAUACCCAAAUGGUGCACUCGGCGGAAGGCUUUCGUGCUCUGGCUUCGGCUGCCUUUCAUUAUGAUCCCGAAAAGGUUACGAUCCGCCCCAGUGUUCCUAGGCGCACUGAUUUGUGCUUUUUGGGUCAAGAAUGCCACGCUGUUGUCGUUGCGACGGAGGCUCUGUCACGAGUCCCUAUCCCUCCGGGACGGGUUCUGCCACAGCAGGGCAUUGUGUUCUUGGAUGCUCGGCCCGUGCUUCAGGAGUGGCGAUGGAUGGUCUCUGUCGAGGGACGUCUUUCCCUUGAUGUUUUGACUGCGCAGUUCACCGCGCCUGCUGGCUUCACAACCAUUGUCAAAGGUGGCCAGCCCAUACGCCAUGGCGGGGCGACCUCCCUGAUAGUUGAUAACGGGUCGGUUCUGACCAUUUCGUUCCUCCGUGAUUUCCUUGAGGAAUCUCCGGAAGCGUUACAGGCGGGACAUGAUGAAGGUGAAGACUCAGAGGCAGAUGAUGUUGACCCGGACUCCCCUGGGCUUAGUGAGAGCUCCAUCUCUUCCGGCCGUGGCCCUCCGCCUAGGCCGGCAAGCCGGAGUAGGUCUCCUCGCGAUCAUCAUGGUGCUCGGCAUGGUGCUAGUGCUUCCCGGCUUGUUCUUGGUAUGGGCUUUGCUUGUGCAGCUGCUCCUGUCCAAGCUGCUCCCUCUCUGGGAGAUUCCCCUCUUGCUUCGGAGUUUAUCGCUGACUGUGCCCUUUUCUGCUUUGGGCUCUGCAUUGUGGCGGUCAUGGCACGAAUUGCCUUUGGCGGUCAACCUGGUGGUCUUUUCCCCUGGUUGCUUUCCUGCAAGCUUAUUGUCGAACCAAAGGGGCACUCGUCGUCGGAGCAGCGUCGCCUUGGGUACUUUCGUGCCCUUUCCUUGGCUUUGGGGGGGCCCUGGCUCCCCCGACUCCCGGUCUUCCUGCAGGAGUUUCUUGACCCGGAGGUUGGCUCCUCUGAUGAUGCUGCCUCGUCUGCCGAGGGCGUCGUGCGUUGGGUCAGCUGUGUUGUUCUGAAGCAUGAUUACUCGGAUGAGCACCUUACGGUUGCCGUUGCGCUACCUGCCACUGAGGAUGAAAUGAGUGGAGCUGUUCAGGCAGCACGUGACCCCAUGUAUCGGGAGAUCUUCCCUUUGCUCCUGCCUGUGCUCCCGCAGCCGUAUGAGGGUACUGCUGUUUACCUUGCUUUGACGGAGUGGAGUGUAGGCUACACGAGGGUCUGCUUUGAUACUACUCGCUUUGACCGGCGCCUAUUUGCUGUGUUUGCGCCCACCUAUGCCACCAGAGCGGAUCUUAUCGGUCUGGCCAACCUGCAUGGAGUCAUUGAGCCGGACGUUUGGGUUGGCACGGACCCCUUGUAUGUACACGGAGAGAUGCAGGCGCACCUUUUUCCUGGGAUUCUUGUUUGGUUUAUGCCCGCGGGCAUUGCACCUCCAGAGUCUACUUCUCUAGGACGCUUGCUCCUUGAUCCUCUUGGAUGGAGCUCUGAGUCCGUUGUGCCGACUCCUUUCUUCGAAGGUGCCUAUUGCUUGGUACACCGGGGGCAAGGGAGAUUGUACAUCACGGACUAUGCUGCUCCCACGAGUUAUCGGCGUGGCAUUGCAAGUUACGUUGGCAUUGAGUUGUCCAGGCUCUGCCUGUUCGCUGCUCAACCUCGCCCCACUGAUGUUGCGAUUCAGGGGGUCCCUUGUCGCACGAUCCUGGCUGUGGGCGAGCGAUAUGACGAAGACUGGCGGAGGUCCUGGCACCUCGUCGUUUUGGAUUGUCGCCCACUCGAAGAUGGUUGUCGAGCCCUUCACGUUUACAACCGCAUCGUCGAUGUCGCUGGUCUUCUUGACGAGUUCAACAGAGAGGCCCCCCAUGGAUGGCGGGCCGCGCUCCGAGAUGGGACGCAGACUGGGGAGCUUGUCACCGUUCCAGGACAGACCCUCUCACUGAUUUAUGUGCCGGUCUUGGAGCUUGCGGCCUCGGAUCCCUUGGAUGUCGCUGUAGUUGCUGUUGGAUCGGACUUGGCCCCCGCUAUCGCAACGCGAGACAGCACUCAGCCUCUUUCUGGGCCUGGUGGGACCGCUGGAGAUGAAGCUCUGGCUACUGCGCACGCGGGGAACGGGACAGGAUUGGCCGCUGCUGUUCCCACCGACCUGACAGUGCUGGUUUUUGCUCCCGAGUAUGAGACCGAGGUACUUCGUCUUCGUAUCCAGCUGCCUGCUGACGUGGAUACCUUGCUACGCAGUGCGGACGCAGCCAGGGAGCCUGAAGCUCGUUGGCGAUUUCCUAGGUUAGUCCCGGUCGCGAUACAGCCCCCAUACUCGUUUGUCUGUAUCGUCGCGGUGCCAGCGUGGCCUUUCGCUGGAGUCCCUGUUCUGGUUGCCUGUGCGGACCCACCUUUCCGAUUGUUUGCUGUUGUGGUCCCCGAUACUUUGCGCGCGGACGGGGUGCGUAGACUGGCCGGGAUCCCAGAUGGUGCCCGUGCUCGGGUUUAUGUUGCGGAUGUUCCUUGGGAAGUCGCUGCUGAUGUUACGGUACACGUUCGCCCUGGUGAACUCCUUUCGAUUUUUCCUGAGGGGGACGCUGGGAUCCCUCCUGUGCAUCUGGAUAGGAUCCUACGAGACAGCGCAGGAUGGCAUGAUGAUGGUGCUAUGCCGGGCCCCUUCUCUGAUAAUCUCUGGCUGCUGACCGACCAGACACCCAGGCGAAUUACAGUUGACGGGCGUCUUCGGAGACCGCUUCGUGCGAGACUCGAGGAGCUCCUGCAGAUCCCAUCAUCUAUGUUUAUGCUUAUGCCAGCCACUCCUCCGAUUCGUAAUCAUGCGAGGAGUGGUAUUGUGUCUAGGCAGGUGUUCUUAGGCGUCAGGCUGCACAACGCCCAAGAUGUGCCAUUCUUCCUGGAUGCACGGCCUGUCCUUCUGCUUCUUGAGUGGGAGGUCGCUGUCAAUGGGCGCGCUGACGUUGCGGCGAUAUGUGCCCGGCAUCGGGAUCGUUGCCCUGCAGGGUACUGUGUGCGCCUGGUAGGUGGUCAUUCACCUCUUGGUUUUGAAAACCACUACCGACAGGUUUAUGCUGGCCAGGUCCUCACAGUUUCCUUUGUCCCGCGGUGGCCUGGCCGAGUCCCAGGUUUUCGCGCAGGGGACGAUGAUGUAGACGAGGAUUCUGGCUCUGAGGGGUCGGACGGGGAGGAUGAUAUUCCCCCUGAUAGUGCCACUUCAAGGGUCGAGGAACCCUCGGGCUCUCGAGAUCCUGCAAGCCUUCCCGGCGGAUCUGCUGCUCUGCCACGUUUUGGUCGGGGCUACAUUCGGAUUCCCUGCUUUGCCCUUUUCGGGGUGCUUGGUUGUCGAGUUGCUAUGUGGGGAGCUGGUUAUUUGAUCGAUGCCUUUGCUGAAGGCGGCCUGCUCCACACCUCUGUCCUCCAGCCAGGUGCCUUGUUUAGGCCGCUUUUCUGGUGUGCAAGGGCCCUUUGGAAGGCCCAAUGUGAUGGAUUCAGACUUGCAGUUCUUGUGGUCGCUUUUUGCCUCUCUUGCGCCCCUAGUCGGCCUGUCGGUGCUCGUUGCAAACUGCGGCCCUAUUUUGGCGAUGGGCGCUGCGGCGUCGUCUUUGGCUUCCUCUGUUGCAUGUUGCUUGUGCGCACAAGCGCCAGCGUACAGGUAUUUGACAUUGCGGGAUGUGAUGGCCUAGACACAUCCGAAGGAGGGUUGUAUCGGGCCGUGUUGGCUGUGCCGCGUCCUUUGCAGCGUGUCGCUGGUGCUUCUUCUGGCAAUGCCCGGCCUCCGUGUCCUCCUCUCCUCGCCCAAGGCUUCUCAGAUCGCUAUGAUGGUAACACACCUCAUCUCUAUGAGGCCGCUAAUCUUUGGGAGUGUCUGGAGCCGGAUUGUCUUCUCACACUUCUUCAGGAGUCAGUCGCCCGCCAGGAUUCGCCUGCCUUUUCUACUGCAGCUACUCUUCUUGAUACGCUCAGCGAUCAUCUCCGCCUCGGCUGGGCCUUUGAGACUGGUGAAGUUGCUCAGGGCCCCCUGCGGCAGCCUCUUGUUCUUUCGGGGCUGUUGGACUUACCGCCGCCUGGGGAUGCGAUUGCUGCGGAUACUGAACGCUUUUCCCUGGAUGUUGGGCAAUGUCUGCUGCCCUGCUCGCAGGCGAUGUGCGGGGACCUGUUUCGUCAGGUCCCGUUUGGGGCUCUAGCAGGCCCGCCUGCAGAUGUUCCCAAGCCGGCCCGUUUUGCUGAUUGGCUGGCUGCUGGAUCUCCCGGUAGGUCACCUGCGCCGGGGGAACACUUGGUUGUUACCGCGGAUGGCUCAUUCCAUGCGCCUUCGGGUCUGGCUGGCUGUGCCGUCGUGGUUAGCUUGACUACAGUGUUCGAUGAUCCUGGGCAGUUCGUUGGGUGCCUUUUCGCGCCCUUUCCUGCCGGUGACGUGCCCGGUUUCGAUUUUGCCCACUCUCCCAAUGCUUUCCUGGCUGAGACCUAUGGGCUGCUAUGGGCCGCGGUUUUGCUGUUUCGUUUGCCCUGGCAAGGCUCCUGUGUCAUCCGCUGUGACUGCACGUCCGCGCUUUGGGGCGUAGAUGGCUCCUGGGCCAUGGUGGAUGUGCCUCUUUGUGUUGCAGCUAGGUGCUUCCAUUUCGCGCUCUCUGUCCGGUUCGGCGACCGCUUGCAUUAUCGUCAUGUUGCGGGCCAUUCUGGAGAUUGUGCCAAUGAGCUUGCUGACGGCCUCGCUGUUCUUGCCACGACCGGGCGACGGCAGAUUGGAGACUUUGAUGUGCUGCUUGCGCCUUGGCUCCUUCAUGGAGCCCUCGCCGCCAGAUGGUUGCCUCACUGGUGCUUUACUGCUGCUUCGCCUCAGGUCAUGCCUCCGCAGCAGGCUGAUGUCAUGACUUGGCAGGCGCAAGAGCCGCCCUCACGGCUCAGUCCGGAUUUGCUCCUUGCCCCCUUUACCCGUGCGGCCUGUUCUGGUCCUUCGUCUGGUGGCCGCGUUUCGGAGUUCUGUUGGUCUCUUGCAUCGUAUAAUGCUUUGUCCCUCCUGGCCGGCGGCGAUACUGCUGAUGCGGUCCCCGAAGGCCGGGGUCCGGGGCUUCAUGGUGCGGUCGGACGUGUUGCCUUACUGGGAAGUACACUUCGACAACGAGGGAUCUUCCUUGCUGGCAUACAGGAGGCUAGGACACCCGCUGGCUCCUUUAGGGGAGAACUUUUCGACAGGUUUUGCUCUGGAGCCAAUGCAAGGAACUGCUUCGGUGUGGAACUCUGGGUUGCUAAGGGUAAGGGAUGGCCACCUGUCCAGGUUACUGUCCUGCAUUCGGACAUUCAACGGCUCCUUGUCCGGCUUGAGAUAACUGGCGAUCAGUAUCUCGUUUUGGUUGGGCAUGCGCCGCAUAGGGCCCACGCUGAGGCUGUACGCAAGGCAUGGUGGCAAGAGACUAGCCGCCUUUGCCGAGGUGUCGGUGAACCCGGCAAAUGGAUCCUACUCUUGGACGCUAAUGCUCGUGUAGGCCUGCCUAGUUCACGGUUUGUUGGGGACCACCAAGCGGAUCCCGAAGAUCUCUCCGGAUCUUGCCUACACGACCUGCUGUCCGAGGUCCAGGCAUGGAUACCGAGCACCUUUGGUGGGCAUAUGAACGGUCCGGGCGGUACCCUGCUUCAGCGCAACACGGGAGAGCUGCAUCGUUGCGAUUUUGUUGCUGUUCCCCUGUCGUGGAAGCAGGCUGAUGUAUGUGCCUCGGUGGAUCCGGGAAUCACCGCCGGGCAUGCUACUGCUGACCACUUUGCGGCCUUGGUGUACUGUCGGGUGAUGCACCGAUGCGGGGGUAAGAAGCGUGUCACUAAGGUGGACCCUGCUGCGCUUCUUGACCCUACCAAUUGUGACCGUAUUCAGGGCAUCCUGCAGCGUGCCCCUUGUGUUCCUUGGGAUGUGAAUGUCAACGACCACGCUGCGCUUGUUUCUGAGUACCUUUAUUGUGAACUGGCUCAUGCGUUUCCAGUCGCUGCGCGUCGCCUCCGUGGAUCUUUCCUUGCUGAAGACACAGCGCAGGUUCACGCCCGGAUUGCGGGAUUCCGGCACGCUCUGCGGAACCGAGCUGAAGCUCUCCGACUGGCUUCCUUGCGGUGUGCCUUUCUAGCGUGGGGUCAUGACGAUAUGGACUUUUGGUCGCUUUUCAAUGGGCGCUGGCUGGCGAGGCUACAGACCAACAUUGCCCUUUUAGCUCGUCAGAUUUCAGCUGAUGGGAAGGUUCUCCGUCGGAUGUGUCGGCGUGACAAGCGCACCCAUCUUGAGACUCUUGCGGAUGCUGUUGAGACUGUCCCGCCGCACGAGACUCAGGUUGCUCUAAAGCGCCUUCUUCGGCCGCGCAAAUUCCGUCGGGGGGGACCCGAUCCCCUCCCUCAUCUCCGAAAGGCGGAUGGGGAGACUUGCCGCUCUUUUGAGGAGGUGCAGACAGCCUGGAGGGAGCAUUUUGCGGGGCUGGAGGGAGGGGUUCCGGUUGCUAAGGAUUUCCUUGCCACCGCUUGCCUUCAGCGACAAGCCCUUGCCCCGGCCCGUUCAUCGCUCCAGUGUUCCCUUAUCCCGGACCUUGACAAGCUGCGCGGGGUUUUCCGUGGGGUUAGCCCCUUGAAGGCUUGUGGCCCCGAUGGGGUUCCGCCGGCCCUGUGCCGGAAGUUUGCUACCCCUCUCUCGCUUCUCUUCUGGCCGAUCCUCCUAAAGGCACUAUGCUUUGGCUCUGAACCGAUUGGAUAUAAAGGAGGCACCUUGUUUCACAUCCCCAAGCCUGGGGCCAGCAAUCCUGGUACUUGUGGUGCUGAAAGAGGAAUCUUGGUUCAGUGCACUCUGGAGAAAGUGCUCCACAAGGCGCUCCGCCCGGUGGCGGUUGCUGGGUUUGAGCGACGCGCUGGGCCGCUUCAGAUCGGCGGGCGCUCUGGCUAUAGCCACAGCAUGGGUUUCUUUUGUGCCAGGUUGUUUCUUGACUUUGCGCGGCAUCACACUAAAUCGGCUGGGCUGCUGUUUUGUGAUUUGGCCGCAGCAUACUAUGCCAUUGUCAGGGAAACGAUUGUUGGACGAGAUGCCCACUCCGCUCCUUUGGAGGAUGUUGUUCGCUCACUAGGGCUGACACGGGAGGAUCUGCAAGCCUUGCAGCACUUUUCUGCUUGUGAGCCCGUGUUGAAUGCUGAGGGCGAGGAGGGCGAGGCCCUCCUCCACUCCCUCGCCAAGGAGUUCCACUCCGACUCUUGGUUUCUCUUACAGGGGGACCACACGGUUGUUCGCACUCGCCGUGGCACGCGACCCGGCUCCAGCUGGGCUGAUGUCAUGUUUAGCAUGCUUUUUGCCAAGGUCCUUGAGCGCAGGGGUACCUUCUCAUCUGAGGGUUUCCAACCGGUCGUUAUGUGGAAUGGACAGCGCCAGCCUGUUGCGUUUGAUGCCCGAAGGGCGGGGGCUCGUUCUAUCGUUGUGCAGGACAUCGUCUACGCGGACGACCUUGCCACCUGCAUUCUUACUGAUAAGGCCUCGCAGUUGCCGCAGGCUGCGCGGCACGUGGCAGGAUGCUCGGUGGACGCUCUUUACAGCCAUGGUCUCAAGCCUAAUUUAGGCCCAAAAAAGACAGCGGCGAUCCUUGCACCGUGCGGUCCUGGGGCGCGGGAUGUCAGGGAACAGGUUUUCACGCGCCAGCAUGGUCAGCUGUGCGUGCUGCGAGAAACCGGGCCUGCCUUGAGUUUGGACGUCGUGCCGCAUUAUAGACAUUUGGGCUCUGUCCUGGCUUUCAACGGCUCGUUGAUACCCGAGAUCAAGGCGCGGAUUCAAUAUGCGAAGCAGCUGUUUAAGGAAGGCAAGGCUCUUGUGUUUUGCACUCCCCGGAUUUCCUUAACCAAGCGUGUCCUUCUGCUUCGCUCGCAUGUCUUGUCAGCGAUGUUUGCGGGCAGCGGGGCGUGGCCCACCCUUUGCUGCACGAGCUGGCGCAUGCUCGAGGCUUGCUACUUCAUGAUGUUGCGAGCCAUGCUGCGGAUCCCGAGGAACUCUGCACAAAACUGGUCUGUUGAACGUGUCCUCUCAGAGGUUGGCCUUCUGGACUUGGCUGGCUUUCUUGCGGCUGAGCGAAUCCGAUUUCUCGCUCAGCUUGUCCGCACAGGUCCUGAUGAGGCAUUUGCUCUCCUUCAGCACUCUCCGCGGAGCCUCGAGGCUUUUCGGUUAGCCUCUGCCUGGCUCCUCCAGGCCUGUUCUGCCACGUCGGACCUUGGUCCCAUUGAAGAGACAUGGGAGCAGUGGCGUGCCGUUUUCGCUCGCCCGAGGAGUAGCUGGGACCCUCUUCCGCCGUCCGAAGUUGAUGUCGAGACCGCGGAGCACGCCUGCUUGCAGUGUGGCGUUGCCUUCUUCGAUUUUCAUUCGUGGGACGACGGUGUCGUGCGUGUGGCGUUCUCUUUGCCACACUCAAACGGCAUCAGCGGCAUCUUCAGGACUCUGUUAGGUGCUCCGGGUCAUGUCCAGAGUGUGGCGCCAGGCGGGGGCGACUUCACGUGUGUUCCCCCCUUGGGGCUCACCGUCUCCUUCGAGCUGCUUACUCUUCUGCGCACAGAAGAGCGGCUUCCAGGGUUCGUCGCGCUGUUGACGAUCGAGACGCAUCCUUUUACCCGGCGUUACGUCCCCUCCCCUUGGGGGAUGCUUGGCAGGGUAUUGCACCUGGGUCUGCUAACGUCGGGUCUGGACUUUCCUCGGGUGCUGCUUUUGUCGAGUCCUUUGAUCUGGGGCGUUUCUGGCAGGGACCGCCUGCCUUCCUGGAUUCUGGUCUGGCUCUGGUGGUGCCUGCUCCGCCUGUUGCUGUCUGUUCUGCGUGGGAGCCACUGUCCUGCACUCUCCGUGGACUUCGGCAGCACACUCAUUGGCUUCGUCUUCUCUUUGAAUGGCUGUCCUUCGCGUUGUCCCUCGCUCGGAUCGGACGGCGAUGUUCUGUAG